AGUCGAUUCGUUUCAUUUGUACAUACAUCAUUUAGUUAUUGGAAGGGAACAUAGAUGGCGUUAGAUUGUUUGGGAACAACAAUGACAACCACAGACCGUAACAACUUGCUACCUAGGUCAGGUAGCGUGUAUUCAGAUGAUCAAGGUGCGCGAAACGAGGUGUGGCCAAGUACAAGGGGCUUCGAAAUCACGUACUAGGAAGUGCUACUCAUAGUAGAAUGGAAUGAAUAUUUAAAGUGGGAAAUCAACUGUUGGAAAUAGUUAAAUCCCGGAAUCCACUAUGGGUCAGUGCGCCAGAUGCAUGACGAGAGUGCCGUACGGGACCCUGAUAGCGACCAUUUUCUGCUGCGCCGGAGUACUCACCUUCCUCACCUGCCUUUACCCCGCCGUGCGACUCACGCUGCGGAUGUUCGAGGACCUCUUCACCUACAACCUCGAAUGGUUGAAUGAACUUCAACUCGUCUUCAUCAUUGUGGGCUCCUUCAUGGGACUCCUGGCCGUGACACUGCUUAUCGUCGGCAUCUGUUCCACGGGAGCCACGAGAUCGAAAGUAUACAGAGGAUGGAAAUCCCGUGUAGGAGGCAGAAUUUCUUCAGCUUUGUGCAUGGCUAUUGUUUACAUCAUCAAUUUGGUGUGGCUGGCUAUCGCUUGCUGCUUAGUGGUGGUGGUGUUUGUUUUCCACGUAUGGAGAGGUCUCUGCGAAAACUCCACUGACUGCGUCGAUUUGCAACAAUUCCAUUUCAUGUUCCCAAAUGGAACUGAUAUAAAUACACUGCACAUCUGCAAAAAGAAGAAAAUGUUUUGUACCGACACCGUUAUCUAUGCAGAGCCGUACUACAUUUUGUCCUUUGCUGCUUCAAUUGUAGUUAUUAUAAGUUUGCUCCAUUAUAUCAUGUGUCUAGCUGCCAACUACACAAGAAUCAAAGAUCAGGAAAAGUUUAAAGAUUUGCAGGAGUUACAAUAUUUGCAAGAUUCGGAAAUGGGGACGUUACCGAAAGAUCGCUUCUAGGACGUAAGCCAAGGAAUUUUUAAGGAGGAGAAAUUGCUUGGAAGAAGAUAAUGGUUAUAAGCAAACAAUAUCGCUCAAAGCAUGAGUUUCGAUCCAAGCUUGAAAGUAAACAUGGGAGAGUAAUUACUUCCUUUGUCUGAAACCAGCGAAAACUUAUCAACUUAUAUUUCGGUGGAAGUUUCCUUCUUGAAAAUUUCUUGGCAACUGUGAUGGACCUGUCUUUUUUGUAUUCCAGAAAAUUGAAUCUAUACCUUUCUUUAUUCCUACUGAAAGAAAAAAAAAAAAAAAAAAAAAAAAAAGAUCGGAAUGCGGUAUGGGAAUACCUUUGUAUAUAGUACCAAUGGUAGGCGCGAUUAUCUGCUAUGUAUUUACUGUCAUUCUCCUGUUUUAUACUUCAUUGCCUACCUCUUUGCAAAGAUUGUAUUUACUUUUUUUUUUGAAAUCAAAUUUAGUUCUAAUCUUAUUGAAACUUGCUAUGUCAAAGUGAUAUUGCAGUUACAUGUCAAACAUUGCUGCCCUUCAUUCCAAACUCUGUACAAUGACGUCACUCCCUUUUUUUUUUCACCAUAUAAUGGAUUCCAAUAUUAAAUUGGUGCAAGCAUUUGAUAUGAGCUUGAAUCGAUUCCAUUCAUUUUCUUUAAGAAAUUUUUAUACAAUUUUACGUAAAUGAUCAGAACGGCUCGCAUUUAUUCAUAUACGUUGCAGAAUCGCAAUCAACGUCUUAGAAGCAUUGUUUCCGGUUUCAUCAGAGAGAAAAUAUACCAUCAGAAUUAAUAAACAUGUUCUUUUCAUAUUGUUUAAAUACAAUGGCAUAGCCAAGGGUUUUGCUGCUCAUGAUCCGAUGCCGCUCCAUGGCAAUGUGUAGAGUGGGGCCAUGGAAUCAAUGCUGUGAAGAGAAUUUCUUCAUGAACGCUUCUUUUUAACUAAAAAAUACACUAAAAAACGUAAUCUGUCCAAUGUGCAAAUAUGAAUCACAAGAAACUCAUUUUACAAAUUUUAGUUGAAUCAAUAUUUUGAUCUUUAAAAUAAUAUCCGUUUGGAAUAAUACAUUUCCCUAAUUUCCAUUUCCUUCCUUCAAAACUUCCACAGGAGUCUCAAAAGUCCGCAUUGUCUGACUUCCGCCUGCAUUUUGCGGGAACAGUAUGCAUAUAUUGCAGGGAUCCGAGUCUGAUGAAUAGGGAGAGCGAUAUCAGAAAUUUGCGGCCAAUCACUGUAGAAUGUUUACAGUGGUGAUCUUUAAUUAUUGCUCUCUAAUAAUUGCUCCCAAACAGAGUGAUCUCACCAGUUAGGUCUUUCCAUUAACGAGUGGAAACGACAUUCGCCAUCGUUAAAAUGCUGGAUCCAUUUGAAAAAAGUUACUUUCAGCAGAGCGUUAUUUUCAUAACCAACCUUCAACAUAUCUCUCAAACUGCACCAAAAAUGUGAUACUGAAACUUUGUCCUCGACUCACCAUCCAUGCGGAAAGAUCAGACAACUGGUACAGGGAAUCCUAGUGGCUUGUGCCAUUUCCUGGAUAGUUCUCUGCAACAAAAAUUGGAUAACUUCGGAAACUGUGAUUAACAAAAAUGCUAAUAUGAGUCGAUUAUGAACAACGAUGUAUAUGAAUAAAUGCACCUGGCUCAACACGAAACACUGUAGGCGAACAUUUGCUCAUUACAUGUUUUUCAUCUUUCUUUUUUUAAAUAUUAUAUAUCGUUGGUUUUUAUAUUAUGUAUUUCAUAUUCAUAAUUGUUUUUUUGAGUAAAUCUGCUCUGAAAAUGUUUUUGAAUAUUAUUUUUCUUAUGUAAUCUUAAAUUUUGGGUACAUUUUGUGUCAUUUUAGAUUUUAGUUGACUGCUGGUGAUCUCAGUGCUAUCAAUUUGUAUGUAAUAUAUACAGUCAUUUUAGAGAUACGAGACUGAUGAUAAAAAGACUAACAUAGAAUGGAAAUGUGAAUUAUUUUUAUGGUAAUAUUUAUUUAUAUUUAAUUGCAUUGUUAUGUAAUAUAUAAUGUAAUCAUAUGGAUGAAUAAAUUCAUUAUUUAUUUCAAUAGCUUA